CUCAGUUCUUGCGCGGAGGCACGCCAUGCAACAGGCGUUCCUCUCUAGUGUAUUAGUAACAUAGAAGCGCGCGCAUGGUACCGGUUGAUCUUCAGUUCUACUGCUUAUUUUUUUAAGCUCUCGUGCCCAAUGUACCCGUAUAACUGUGGGGACGCAUUUUCGCCGAAUAAGUAAAGGAAUUGCCAGUGCAGAAGAAACUAACUGUAGUUUCUGAGAACAAUGAUUUUUCACCGUGUAAUAUUAUUUUUAUUUUACUGGCAAUGCAUCGGCGGAGAAAAUUUGGAGAACAUAUCUAUUGAGUCAGUUCUAGAUCAAGUGGCUAUACCUACAAAAAUUAUAAAUGAAUUUUUACAAAAACCCGUUAGAAAUUUACCGUCGAAGAAAUAUGUUGCAAACGAAGAAGUUGAGAGUUCAACGAUUCAUUAUGAGAAUGCAAAUGGUUUCGUGCCUCUAAUAGUUUCUACGCAGCCAUACGAAUUAAAGCAUAACAGAAGAAAUCUUAUACAAUAUGAUGCAAUAAAUAAAACAAAAAAGAAUACACCUAAAAUUAUUAAAAAAAAUUCUACAUUUCCUGAAGAAACCAGAAUUUUUUUCACUACACCUAAUACAGGCGAAAAUCGAAGAUUGUUUCAAAUAGAUGACAACCAAAAUGAAUUCGAAUUACUCAAAGUAAAUAAUGAUACACCAGCUGUGGCUACCUACAACUCAUUUAUUGAUCACUCUCGAAAUAAUUAUAAAUCCGAUCGAUCUAAUUCGGAAAUUAAUUAUGGAAAAUCGCUUAGAACUAAAGACAGGGAACGAGGAAAACGGAUCCAAAAUUAUAUGGAUAGUUAUGAUGUGGCAAGCGAAGAUGGCCGACAAUAUACACAUAGCGAAGUUGAUAAAAAUAAUAAAAAAGCUUUGUAUCAACAAGAAAAAAAUCAUCAUUACAGUGAAGCUAGUACUACAAGUUAUGGGACUCAGAAAAUAUCACCUCAAACUAAUUAUGGUACAAUGACUUCUACAAUGUCAAGUAUUAAAGCUUUCACUCCAAAGGUAGAUAAAAAUGAAGCGUACAGAUUUAAUAAUCCAAUAAUGGUUAAUGAAAAGUUUAGGGGACAGUCAUUGCCGUCAACUGCGUUUACCUCAAAUCAUAACGGCGAUAAGAAAGAUAAAUUUGAUAGAGCUACUUUAGAAAAUAGAGAGUCUGAAUCAUUAUCACAGAUUGAAGGAACAAGCAGAAAUUAUGAUUCAGCGAAUUUCAGAGAUUUUUCAGAUGAAAAUCUCGAUUAUAUGGAAGAAAUGGAUAAACCUCGACGAGUACAGAAAACAAGUAAAAGGCGACCGUAUCGGUUUGAUUCAUCUAGAAAACUACCAAAAGAACAUCGAGAGAUAUACGGCGAUUCCUACGAUGAUCAAGGAAGAAAACGCGCAAAUAAACCAAAAUCAAGGCAAAAACAAAAAUCUAAACCUAUAGAAGUUGUGAAUGAAGAUGAUCCUUACGAGAAGGAAGAACAAUUUGAAGGUGAUGAAAAUAACCGUAAUAAUCAGCAACAUUUUAACGGUGGUAAUACUUGGAAUCAAGUCGCACCGAAUGUAGAGGUAUCACAUUCUAAUGGUUACGAAAUCGAUCAAAUUGAAAAACCUAAGCUUCACAUUGUACCCGUAAAUAUUUUGUCCAAUUUCGAUCAUGCAACAGCUUUAGAUAAUAGUCAAGGAUUUGAUAUCACAAAUGCAAUGUUUACGGGUUUUGUGCAUGAAGCACCACUCGUUAGCACAGCUACUCCUCUAAUCAGUUCAUCACCGAAUUAUCUAAAUCGAAAUUCAAUACCAUCUAGUACUUCAAAAUCUUCUACGAGCAUAUCUACACCAGUUCCCGAUGUUAUUGUUGGUCAAAGCUCAUUUAAUAAUCCUAUUCAGGCCGUAUUAAUGCCUAAUAAACUUCAGCAAAAUAUGUUAAAUCAGUACAUGCAAAGUACCGUUUCCCCUACACUUUUUGCGGUAACUCCUCGUCCAGGCUUUUUAGCGUCAUCUACUAUAUCUCCAAGCCUUCAACAAAUUUUAAAUCAAGUACAAUCUUCUAUUCCAAUUAACCAACAUAUUUUUAACGCACAACCAACGCAACAGACAUACGCAAAUUUACUUCAGCCAAUCCAUUCAAAUGCGAACAAUCAAAUAUAUGUAAAUGCCAAUAGUGAUCAGGGGCAAAAUUUUUAUCAAUUCAAAAACUCACAAUCUGCAACUUCAACAUCUAAUUCUGAAAGUAAUGAAUCACAGCAUAAAAAAUUUAAUGUUAAUAACGGACAAUUCGUUGCAUCAGCUAGUUUAUCAGUAGGAAAUAACCAACAUAGCCAAACGAGAAAUAAAAAUGCUAUCAAAAGAAACAAUUAUCGAAGCAAUAAUCAGAAUCAAAAUAAAAAUAAUAAUGAUAAUAUACAAAGAAAUCAACAGAAAAAAGGGCAAGGUUCCAGUAAUUUUGUUCAACCAACAGUUGUUCCAGCAAUUUUACAUACAGGUAUAGGUUUAUAUCGCAACCAAAAUUCACAACUUGUACAAAACCCACUAUUUAUAGCAAAUUCUCAAUCGAAUACACCUAUUUUUAAAGGAACUAAUGAAGGUUUGGAUAAUUCUAUGAAGCAAUUACAGUACAAUAUAAAAAACAAUCGAUAUCAACUUACCAGUAUUUCAAGCAUUGAUAAUGCAGGAGGUGCAAGUAAUAAUGUCAAUGCUAUCAACAAUCUUAUUGAUCCUAUUCAAAAAGCUCAACUACCACUACUUGAAGCGACAAAUGUUGAAAUUGUAAAUCCUAAUCUUAAUGCAAAUGCUUAUGCUAUUAAUCAGGUACCAGCUACUUUAGUAACAACCCCAAUACCAAUAUUUACGACUACUGGGUUUAUUGCUUCAAAACAAGCUUUUACAUCAACAACUCAGGAACCAUUGGGCGCUGAUAGAGCAUUGUUUAAUCCAAUAAACUUUGUUCCAAACUAUGACCUUAUUAAAAGUCAGUCAGUUUUAAAUAGCAAUGUUGUGCCAAAUAAUCAAUUUGUUCAACAAAAUCUUAAUUUGGUACCAGUAGUUCCAGGAGGAAACUUUUACAAACAUUCGCAAGGAGCACAAAUUGAUUUAGCAAAUAAACCAAAACUAAGUUCAGAUCUUGAAAAAUAUGCUGAAGAAAUGUUUAAAGAAUCUUUGAGAACAAUAUAUAACUCACACAAAUGGAACAAUGAUCCUCGAUCGCCAGGAAACAUAAGUCUUGUCGAUAAUUCUGAUCUUGCUAAAUUAAGAAACGAAUUACUUAGAAUUAAAAAUAAUAUACGAGAUUCCAAAAUACCAAAAGAUGUAUUAGAAGCUCAUCAUACAGAAAAUAAAUUUCGAACGGUUAGGCCAGACUCAUCUAUUGAGCAAAAUUUUAAAAAUCAUAAACAACAUUCAAAAGGACAGCAUCAUCAUCUUCAUCAUCACCAUCAUUCACAUCAUCAGAGGCAUAAACCUGAAAUAAGCGAUUUUUUAACGCCACCUAGAUUAAACUCUUUUAUUUCGAAAAGUCCGUUCCAUGACAAACCGCCAAAAAAAAGACCAAAUCAGAGUCAUGGGCAAGGGCAUGGCCCACACCCAAAUUUUAGUCAUGAAAAUUCUCGAUUACGCCCAAGACAGGGGAUAGUGUCAACAAAAUCAAAAGGUGAAGAACCACAAGCAAGCACAAUUGUAGAUUAUAGAUAUUCUAUCAGACAACAUCAUAAUCAACCAGAUUACCAAAGUGGUCAAUCUUAUAAUUAUCCCACAUUCACCACUUCGCUGCCGGAGAGUGAUCACUUUAGAUCUUCGGCUGAAUAUAGAUCCUCAGAGGGAGACUUUUAUGACAUUAAUCACCAAAGAACUCAUAAUUUAAUGGGUCUCCUCAUGAAGAAUAAACAACUACCUCCAGGUACACAAGGAAACUAUUACAGUGACAGUCAAGCAAUUAAUAAAGCUUUUCACGAAGAAAACCAACGAAUGCAAUCGCAGGCGUACGAAGAUGCAUUAAGGAACUUUGGAAAAAGAUCAGAUGGACAAGUUAAAUUAAUCACACAUUCUUUGGUUUCAAGGAAAGUUCCGUCCAACAAAUACAGAAUAUAAAUAUAAAAUCAAUGAGUUGAUAUUAGUCAUUAGCAGUGUGAUUUUAACUAUGCUAAAUUCACCAAAUAUGUAAUAUUUAAAGAGAUUGAU